AUGUCGAACGACACCAACACCACCUCCUCUGUGCCUCCCCUCGCCACCAACUCGACCAGUACGACGAUGGGCAACAGUACACAAGCCAACAUGACAUCAGCCAACGCCACCACCAGUCCCUCGAAUCAGGCAUUGGUAACGUUGCUCACCUUUGGACCGAUGUCCUCUUGCAUCACCUUACCCGAUCUCUCCGCCAAGCAGCUUGCUUGGAGCGCAAACCUUUCCAACUCGGCAGUGCAAGCAUGGCUGACCAGCUUGCCUACUUCAAGCUCUUGCUCUCCCUACUCAUGGACAUUCAAGCCCGACUACACUGAGCAUCUCAAUGCGUUGGGCACUUUGCAGCAACAGCUGGAACAGCUCUUUCCGACUACCAACUCGACGCUUGCUGGUCAAGCGACGGUCAACGAUACUUGGGCUGCAGUUGGGAAUGGUAGCUUCUUCGGCAACACCUCAGCGUUGGGCUUGGGGUCGAGUGCGAGUAGCAAAACACUUGCGACAGAUUUGCCUCUGUGGAUGGGUCUCACGAUUGCUUGUGCUGCUCUGGUGCAUCUGAUCGCACUUGUCUUGCACAUCUGCUCCGAUCUGGAUGCCUUGCUGCCUUCUCUUGCGGCCAAACUACAUCCUCAGCCAGAAGACUCUGUCCUGCCAAGUCAUGCUAUGCUGCCAAGUCAUGCUAUGCUGCCAAGUCAUGCUAUGCUGCCAAGUCAUGCUAUGCCGCCCAAGGAGAGCUCAGCGACCCUUGUAGACGCCGAGGUUGUGCAAAAGGCUCAUGUUGAUGCGGAUGCAAAGGUUGUUGAUCCGCCGGGAUACGCUGAGCCAGCAGCGGCGGCCGCUCUUCCUGUUGCAAGAGCUCAGCGUGACUAUGCGACGAUGCCAACUCCUGCACUGAUCAGCAUCUCUCGUAAAGCGAAACGAUUGCUAGUUCCGCUGCUGCUUCUUUCAGCGUUGGGCUCGAUUGGGGUCGCUGUCGUGCUGAAUUCCAAGUUUGCUGCAGGUCCAGUGAAUACUUUGCCCACCAGCUUGGGCUCUUCCACGACAGUUGCUGCCGCAGCUUCAUCCAGCUCAACAUCGAUGGCGGCCUUGAAUGCUAGCACUAGUAGCAGUGCAAGUGAUGCUGCACCCACUGCAUUAGCCAGCGACAUUGCCAGUAGCACUCGACAGAGAACAAGUUCAAAUGCAACCAACACAACGAGCAACAUUGAUCCCGCUCCAACACAAGACAGAGACAUAUCACCGCGCCCGUCAGAAGACCCAGGGCGAGCAGGUAGUGCAACUGCUUCCAUGACGAGACUUGACAAGCGGCAGAACAACUUCUUCCCCGCCGUGUCGCCGACUGUCUGGAGCAGUUCAGCGUCUCUUGCUUCUUCCAGCGCCCCUCCUAACCCAACGGCCUCUGCCACAUUGUCGACGUCUCUCUUCCCGCCGAUGCCUACGUCAACAUCAGUCUCUGCACCCACAAGCUCCUCCUCCGCUGCACCUUGCUCCACGACAGCUUCGAACACGAGCAGCUCACUCUUGCUACUUGAAAAAGGCGACUCAAUGCACCGAAUCUGGUGGAUCGUCAUGCUCGAUCUCAUCCUCUGGUUGGCUCAACGUCGUCGUACUCGCAAACAGACUGCACUUGAUCAAGCUCGAGCUACGAUACUGCAUCAUUUCGCUCCUUCACCUUUGCGCAAGGUCUAG